AUGACGACCCUAAAGAUCGUCGUCUCAGGCGCUGCCGGCCAGAUUGCGUACUCGCUACUGCCUCUCCUCUGUGCGGGCCACGUUUUUGGACCAACGCAGCGCCUGGACCUGCGUCUAUUGGACAUUCCAGCGGCUCAAGAGGCACUCGAUGGCGUCAAGAUGGAGCUGCAGGACUGCAUGUUCGACCUCGUGGACGUCAUCACACCAACUUCGGACCUUGCAACGGCCUUCGCGGACGUCGACGUGGCGAUUCUCGUCGGUGGCUUCCCACGGAAGCAAGGCAUGCACCGCAAGGACUUGAUCGAGAAGAACGUGACGAUCUUUAAGGCACAAGGAAACGCCAUUGACACGUACGCGAGUCGCAACGUCAAGGUGCUGGUCGUGGCCAAUCCCGCCAACACGAAUUGUCUCAUUGCGAUGGAAAACGCACCGAGCAUUCCACGCGCAAACUUCACGGCGCUCACGCGUCUGGACCACGAGCGACUGCGCUCGUUCCUCGUGGAGAAAGUGAACGAGGCGCAGCCGAGCCACAAAAUCACGUCAAGUGACGUCAACAAGGUCAUUAUCUGGGGCAAUCACUCGAGCACGCAGGUGCCCGACGUCACCCACGCUGAGGUGAUGCUCCCACGUGCUGGCAAGAAUGAGCCGCUGGAUAAAAUUGUUACGGACAAGGACUGGAUUGAAACACAGCUGGUGAAAGGCGUGCAAGAACGUGGCGCUGCGAUCAUCAAAGCUCGUAAACUCUCGAGCGCCAUGUCGGCUGCAGCAGCGAUUGGUGCGCAUCUUCGUGACUGGCUGCAUGGCUCGAAAGAGGGCGAGUUUGUGUCGAUGGCCAUUUGUUCGGACGGCAAUCGCUACGAAGUGCCAGAGGGACUCAUCUACUCGUUCCCCGUCAAGUGCACGGGUAACGGCACCUACGAAAUUGUCAAUGGCCUCUCUGUCUCGUUGCGUGUCGCUGCAAUGAUGAAAGCGACAGCCACGGAACUGACGGAGGAGAAAGCCGAUGCUAUGGAGAUUUUGUCGCGUCAGUAA